GCAUAUGUUAUAACUGUUGGCAGACAAAACUUACUGGAACCCAUUUGGCGCUGUUGUAUCAGCACUGUGUGCAGACAUGUGUAUAAUUCAUCUGUCAGAAAUGAUCUCCUUUGGUCCUUUACAAGUCCAUUUGGCUGCAUUAAUGUAUUAUAGAAGUUACACAGUACAGCACAAUUUAGCCCAAUUAAAAGUUUACAGUAAUGCCAGCUCCCAGUCUCUAAUGGUUUUGGAGUAAGGUGUUAGGAAGACUGCAGGCUGAUGGAGGUGGUUUGGAUGAGAGUGAGGCCUUUGGAGCUGUGAGAAACUGUCCCUUUUCUGUGACCCUUCUCUAAUGUAACAUCCUGUCAGUGAAGCAGCUCCAGGGGACUUCAGCUGUGUGUGAGCCAGCAUGCGAAAGAGAGAAGAGCUCUCAGUGGACUGUUUCCUCAAUAGAGCAGGAUGACACUAGUGUCCAAAAUGUUGCUGUGCACUGGCCCUUCUCCUUUCUCUUUACAGUCUGGGAAGAACACCCACCAGACACUUUUAAUUGAGUUGGUAUUACAUACAAAAUUAAUGAGUAUUGAUUAUUUUUCUUUCCUUCUUUUUGCUAUGCUAAUCAUGCAGAAGUCUAGAUUAGAGGAGGUUGGGAUUCUGCGGAUCAUUAAGGGAGGGAGAGGGAGCUAAGUAGAACCUGGCUAAAAAGCUACUUCAGCACUUCAUAAAUGUUGCCAAGCACUUAUACAGCACAAUACUGUGUAACGUUCAUACUCACAGGAGCAACAGGAAAAGACCCUCCCAAAGACAUUCUUUUUCCACCCUUGGGCAUGAUCUCAGUUCCUUGUAUUAUUUUGAACAGCAAGGUCUCGCUUAUUUUUAUGUUACCAAAAAGGUCAUGUAGGAAAGUCAUACUCAUAUUCAGAUUUAGUUACACUUUUAGAGUCAAAUCGACUGCCAGCUCACCAGCCAGAGCACCUCUGCUCGUUCAGCAUGACCAAAUCAAAGGUUUGCGCUUAUGGCUUAUUGGUGACCAGGUACACACAUGUACUGUAGCUGGUGCAGUGUAGGGUUUCCCCAUAUAUAGAAUUUACUUGGGCAGGCCACCAAAGUAAAUUAACACCCACCCAAUAUAAAUGGCGAUUCAUAUUAUCCAUCCUAGAGAACAGGGCCAUUCUUGGUCUACAGCAGGGAUGAUAGUUUUUGUUCCUUUAGAGAUCCACUACAAACUGAAUGAACCGAAUGGAAAGUUGUGAAUUGUUAUGAAUUUGACGAUAUUGGUGUUUAGUGUAUUCUGCUCAACAAUCAUGUUUUUAAGAGAGCUGAGCAAAUCCCAUGAAAAACAUGCAAUCAUUUUGAAAGUGAAACAUAAAUGUUGCGAAAUCUAAACUUUCAUGGAAAACAGGCCGAAGUGCUUAAAGAAGAAUUAAUGGAAAGAACUGCAUGUCUGAAAAGUGUUAUAUUUACUGUUAGAGCCCGACCGAUGUCAAUGGGGGUCAAUAGCAGCCAUUUAUUGAUAUAUCAGUAUCAGCAUUUACAAUCACCUAUAAAUUAAAAAAAGAGAGAGAGAUGGGAGAAACGCCCUUUAACCAUGUCAUGAGUGUUAUGUAGGGCACUCUACCACUUCCCUGCCGGCAGCUCGUAAGUGUAAACGAGUAAUCCCUGACUUGUAUAAUUAAAGAAAGAUUAAUUUUAAACUGCACUGUAAUGCGAUCUUAGUGAGGACUAAUAAAUUACUUCACAUAAUAAAAGUGAAGGAUUAUGUUUAUGCUUUGUGUGUCUAAAGUAGAAAAUAUCUGCCGAUAUAUCAGAUGUUUAAAUCACCAAUUCCUCUAUCGGUGAUUCUCUGGUACGGACUUUUAGAAGACUGAAACCCCACAGUGCUGUGUACAUUCAUAUGACAGCUUAUUCGCUAAAAGUCAGUGUCCGACUUUUGUAGGUAGUCUGUUAUACCCUAAACAGCCCUAUAAAUCUAUAAUAUUAUUGCUCUUUAUUAACUUAACUUAAUUUUCCUUUAACUGUUGGCUUUAAUGCAUAAUUAAUGCAUGCUGUUUGAAUCAAAGGACGGUGUUUUUCUUUUUCUUUUUUCUUUAACAUAUACGUGAAACCCAGUUCUUGAUUUCAGGCUGACAGGCUCAUUCUUUAACAGAAUCAAAGCUGUGGUAGGAUCUACAGCAGCCCAGUUUUAAAGUUGGCUGAGGUGUUCAGGACAGUGCUGCCAUCUGCUGGUUUGUGUUCAAUUUGCAGUUGUUUUGUUUGUGUCCUCAUGUUUCCCUCUCUCAGCCUUCCGUCUGUCAUUCUGCUUCUCCAACUCUCUCUUUGAGUCUCUCACAGAAAGAGAGAGCUGGUGUGGGAGUGGGUACGGGCGAAUGAAUGAACACAAUGAGCUGAAUAGAGCAGCUCAUUGCCAUGCGGCAGUUUCUGGGUGUGAGAUUAAUUCUCCGUGGUUACCAGCCUCCGAUGAUGUAAAGAGUUGAGUAACAGUGAAAUUAUGGGAUGUCUGAUGUGGAGAGGACGAUUGGGAGCAAACAGACACAUAGAAAAGUGGCAGAGGACGGAUAACUUUGGUAAGCGGCUGGCAAAGUUAUGGCAAGUGGAAAAACGGAGUUUGAAUCUGAUCUGAUGGGUAUGGUCCCCUGGCUCUCAUCCAGUCACAGCAUGCAGAAACAUCCACUGUGCUGCUUUUUUUUGUUUUUUCUCAAAGUAGUGCAGGGUUCUUCUUGUGUUUUCACAAAGACGAGUUUGGACCUGUGCUGACCCACCAGAGCCUCAGUAAAGCACUCAAAACACUGUGUGUGGAGAUUAGCCUCUGUGAGCUAGUCAGUCUGACCAGUGCAGUCACUGUUUGAGGGAGUGUAAUCAUGGAGUGGAAAAUUUUGACAGGGGGGGAGGGGCUGCUAUACACAUAAACUGAGGGUUGCUAUGGCUACAAUGUUUUUGUACAUAAAAAAAACUAUGAAUAAUCCAGCAAGAACAACUGGCUGACUGCACACUUUACAGAACAAACUGAACCUCAUUCGUUUGGAUUUUAUCAAUUCUGUGGACUUGAAAAAUAUUUAACAUUGAGUUGAAUCUGAAUUUAACAUUUAUAAAAUAUGCACUGUGAGUUUGUGCCAGAUGUAGACAGAUGAUCUCAUCUGGAAACAAAUGGAACACAAAUAAGUGAUUUCAGAUAUUUACAUACUGUAUCUGAUGUUCUGUGAAGCUGAUGCCUCUUUACUAUUCUGGCUGAUGAUAUUAAGGGUUAGGGUUAAGCGUUUACAUAUUUUAUGUAUUUUAAUGUCUAAAGAAGUAUUCCUUUGCCCUUCAUUUCUUGUCUGUUAAAGCUGUCCUUUAAGCUGCGUCCACACUGGAAACGAUUGGCUCAUCGUGCAUCGCUUUGUAGCCGACGGCUGGUCACUUGUGAACGUUCCAGACUCCUGUUGCCUGCAUCUGUAUUUGUAUAGAUAUAUAAGUUGAAAAAAUAUCUCCAGUCACAGCUACUUUGUCUCGUCAGCGGAUAUUUUGCCCAUAGUCGCUUGAAGUCACCGAACGGGAUUGACUCUCUGUGGUCUCUGGUUGCCAUGUCGCUGGCGGUGUGAUGCAGCGUUACCGUGUCAUUCCACAGGAUGUCCAACUAAUCAAAAUCGCCAGCUCACAUUUGUAUCCAAGUAAACAGAUUUGUAUUAUGUGGAUUCUUACUUUUAAGCGCACUAUUACUGAGAACAGAUUGGUGUAACUUCAACAUUCGUGGAUGUUACUUAGACACACAUCACCGGCACUCCCCGACAGCUGCUUCCUCCACCGGCUGGAGAGUUCACAAACAGCUUCAGAAACCAAGACACCAAAGCGCUGAUCCCAAUCUGAUGCAACAUCUUCAGCUUGCCCCGGAACAAGCCCCUUCGAUAGAGACCACUAUCUUUCAUCCCGCAGGACUCAAAUGAUCCGGUGCCAGACCCCACAGCAGAACCGCAGAUCUCGUGCAAACAUCCCUUGACCAGUAGGCACGAUUGAGCUCUACACAAAGGAAGUUGGUUUUGCUCUGUGAUUCAGGUUAUCAGAAGUAUAGUAGGCAACCACAGAAAAUGUAUGCACAUGAAAAAAAAAUCACUUUGUACUAACUGCACAAACCAAACGAGAAGCAUUGCUGUGUGGAAUUUUGCAUGGUUUUUGUCCUGGAAGAGUGAGAGUCACUUGACCAAAUAUUUGUGAUUUAUAAUCCACAGUUAAAUCCUUCUUUGAUGGAAAUUAUAAUGAUUUAUUGGGAAAUCCAACAACCAAUCCCAUGUUACGUUUGUCAUUCAAGAUGUUUACUUUCAACCUGUCAGGUAGGACUUGAGGGAUUUUAUUUUAUUAGUAAUAAACUUUUUAUUUACAAAGAAAAUAACACCUUAGCAAACACACUAGGCGCAGAUUCACAGGGUUAGUGACAUUUGAAAACCCUGGUUCGCCACCCACGUGUAGAUGUGUGAGCUGCCGGUGACAUUUGAUAACACUGACGUACUACUGCGCUUUAUUUCACGAGUGCACCCUCUGUGACCAGCAGCUGCUUGUGCUGCAAUCUAAAUCUGGAUAACACUCUGCUGCAACUCCACGGAGCAGCACUACAACUUAAAUGGAGGCAAUUUUCUAAGUGUUAGUGGAUUAUAGUUUGCAUCAAACCACCCACCAACUUCUGUACUUCCUUUUACUUGAAAUUACCUCAUUUCUAAAAUGAAACAUCUCAAAGAUCGGUUACUUUGUGCACCACCCUAAUCGCUCACAUUACCGUGAAGUUUGGUAACUAGUGAUUCUAAACUGAUUAGUGCAGCUAUUAGUCUGCUUCCAAGACUAUUACGCAUCAGCUUAGGAUAACAUGUAAUCAUAUCGAGCUUUGUUUGGUGCCAAAAGCUGGGAUCUGUGGGAUUACAGGGAAAAAUCUUGAGUGGUGUUUUGGCAGGUUUUCUGCUGGAGCUUUGCUCCUGUCGCGCACACACUGUGAUUACUGCUGUAACGAGGAGAAACCUUUUCCGCUGGUCUGUUUUUGUGGUAGUUUAACACUUGCUCUCUAAUAUAGCAAAAUCUCCUUUAUGUUGAGUUUAUUAACUUUUGGCUCAGGCUGUGUUUUCACCACACCUCGAAGCACACGCACACACUGACACUUUUAAAAUCUUGAAAGGCCCAAUCUCUUGAUAUUAGUGUUUUAGUAAUGGAGCUUGAGCAGCAUCAGACCUGGUGUGGCCACAGUUGGUUUAUACAGGAUAGGGAAAAUAGUGUGUGUGUGUCUUUCAGCUUGUGUGCAGAGCCCAGCUGGGUUUGUUGGCUGCCAGAGUGUGGAAAAGUGAGAGAGUGGGGCGGUCCAUGUGAUCUCUCGUCAUUGGCAUGUCAAGCAUGAUGGGACCAGUUUGGUUGGCUCCGGCCGCUCCUCCCUCCCUCUUUUUCCGCCUCUCUUUUGGUCUCCUGCACUCUGUACUGUCCUCUAAAACUUUUAGUACUCUGCUCUUCCCAUUUCCCACCCUCCCGGCACCUCUCUCUCUUUCUGUGUUAUUUCCCGCGACCUUGCCCUCUCCAGGAUCGCUGGAAAAUGUAAUUGGAGGGCAAGAGGGGGCAGUGGUUGUCGUGCUCGGGCACCAUGAAUGUGUGUAACAAUACUGAUUUGCCGGAGCUCGAGAUUAUCAGCUUAUUGGAAGAACAACUGCCGGUGUACAAGCUGAGGGCUGACACCAUCUUCGGUUAUGACCAAGAUGAUUGGCUGCACACUCCCCUCUUGGGCCCUGACGCUGCCGUUGACCUGACUACUGAACAGAUUGAGGAGACCCUCAAAUACUUCUUGUUGUGCGCUGACAGAGUGGGCCAGAUGACGAAGACCUACAGCGACAUUGACGCUGUCACUCGACUGCUGGAAGAGAAAGAGCGUGACUUGGAGUUAGCGGCUCGCAUCGGACAGUCACUGCUGAAGAAAAACAAAGCCCUCAGUGAAAGGAAUGAACUGCUGGAGGAGCAAGUGGAGCACAUACGAGAGGAGGUGUCUCAGCUGCGCCACGACCUGUCCAUGAAAGAUGAGCUGUUACAGUUCUACACCAAUGCAGCCGAAGAAAGCGACGGCGAGUCGAUUACCUCUACACCCGUCCGUCCCAGUGAACCAAGUGUGUCAUCGCCAAACUUUUUCCCCCUGGAGUCGUUGCAGAAGAAACUCAAGGAUUUGGAGGAAGAGAAUAAAUCAUUGCGAUCUGAGGCGAGUCAUUUGGAGACAGAAACGAUCUCCUAUGAGGAAAAAGAGCAGCAACUUGUCAAUGACUGUGUCAAAGAAAUACGCGAUGCCAACCUGCAGAUUUCCUCUCUGGCUGAAGAACUGGCUAGGAAGACUGAGGACGCCUCCAGACAGCAGGAGGAGAUCACACACCUCCUCUCCCAGAUAGUCGACCUCCAGAAGAAGGCCAAGCUUUAUGCUUUGGAAAAUGAGGAGCUGACUCAGCACUUGGGUGCAGCCAAAGACGCCCAGCGACAACUCACUGCUGAGUUGCAGGAGUUGCAAGACAAGUAUGCAGAGUGUAUGGAGAUGCUGCAUGAAGCUCAGGAGGAACUGAAGAACCUGAGAAAUAAAACUCUCCCGCUCAGCACGGCGAGGCGUUUCCAUUCCCUGGGCCUGUUCCCGAUGGACUCACUGGCAGCAGAAAUAGAGGGCACCAUGAGGAAGGAACUCCAAAUGGAUGAUCCAGACGUAGAAGAGCAGAGACUGCAUCCGAAGCGAGUUUUCCAAACAGUGAGAAACCUCAAUCUGAUGCGUCAGCAGCGUUCAUCUCUAGCCCCCUCUCCUCUCAACAUCCCAGGCUCCAAUCAGACUUCAUGCUUCACCUCAGGGCGUUCCAGCAGGGUGGGCACGCCACGCUCCAACUCCAUUUAUGGUAGUGAAACAGGAAGUGGGAUCAUCCUAGACAACAGGACUAGCAGUAUCCUGGAGACGCCUGAUGACGGGUCAGAGGACUCCAACAAGCGCCCCCCUGGUACCCCUGGGACUCCGGGCAGCAGGGACUUGGAGGCAGCAUUGCGUCGCUUGUCGCUCCGCCGGGACAACUACCUCUCAGAAAAACGAUUCUUCGAGGAGGAGAGGGAGCGAAAGCUGGCUUACCUGGCCAAAGAGGAGGAAAAAGGAGGACCAGGAACCCCAACGGAAAGCUUGUUCUCGCUUUCCUCACAUACCUCAGUUGGAAGCAUCUGGUCGGGGUACUCAUUCACACCCAGAUCCUACCUGCCAGAGAAGCUGCAGAUUGUAAAGCCGCUAGAAGGCUCUGCUACGCUCCACGCAUGGCAGCAGCUGGCUCAGCCUCACAUGGGUGCUCUGCUGGAUCAUCGGCCCGGUGUGGUCACAAAGGGCUUCCGCACUUUAGCCCACGAACAGGAACAGGAACAGGAGGACAGCUGGCAGCUGGACCAACCAGAGGAGGAUGAAGUAUCAUGUGACUCAUUUAGAGCCGUGCUAGGGGAGAGCCCUGCUCCCACGGAUCUGCCUCGCUCUACCUCUACUCCCGCAGUCUGCCACAACAAAAAUGGCAACAUUGAAGAAAUCAGCCAGUCAGACACACUGAAUGGAACGAUCUGCGCGGUGGCAGAAGCAGUUCAGGGAAAUGAUGGACAUGUUGCGAGCAUGCCCUUUCCUCUCUCCAACACGUCCCCUUCCUCUCCGCUGCCUUUUUCUCCCGACAUCAACGGGCAUGUGGACCCCAAAGAGCGCCAAACCUUACAGCCAAACACUGUGGACCGCAUGCCUGUUCUUUUCCCAGGGAAGUGUAUGUCCCACACUAGCUCCACAUAUACCUUCACCACCUGCAGGAUUCUCCACCCCUCUGAUCAGCUGACUACUGCAUCCCCCAGCCCAGCCAUGGCUGCGUGUCAGAGCAGUACCUGCCUGGGCACGCCUUCCCUUACUGCCUCCCCUGUACCCUUCUCAGCCCCACCCACGCCUUCCUACACACCCUGCUGCACACCUCGCCGCCUUUCCCUCUCCCUCUCCCUCGCCGAGUCCUCCACCAACCUUAGGGACUCCACUAAAACCACCAGCACCUCUCUAGGCCUGGUGCGCCUCCUGCUGGAGAAUGGAAUUUCUGCCUCAGUGUACAACCCACGCAGCUGGGACCGAGGGCUGGAUGCUUCGGCAGUGUUGGGAGGGGUUCAAGCACAGAGGUGCACAGAGAGACCGGAGCAGGGUGGAGUCAAGCACCUGGGAAAACGUCCAGACACCCUCCUCCUCCUUCAGCCAUCCAGCCCACCCAGCUCACCUCACUCCAAAUCGGCUUCCUCGAUCGCUACAGGCCCCAUGUUUCAGUUCAGCCCUUCCGAUGACGACCCGCCGUUCUACGAUACCUUCCUCGCGUCUAAGCCGGCUCGUACAAUUUUGAGGGAAGUGCUGGGGGAGGCAGAAAGGGAGAAGGAGGGCCAGGUGGACGAUGACAACCAAACAGAGAUGAUCAAUCUGCGGCUUGUGGACAAACUGAAGAGUUUUCGCACCCUUUCCCCACAUUCUGCUUCAGCUUCAUCUGGAAGUACUCUGUUAGGCCCCUUUGGUUCUGCUGGACUGGGGAACAGCGCACUGGGUGGGGGGCUUCCAGGACUGAGGAGGAAUCGAAGCUAUCCCGCCAUGGUGGGGGCCAGCAUGGUGAUGAAAGACCCAGGAGGCCCCCCCAGCACAGAGAUACUCAUACCGCAUACGAUGCAAACCUCACAUACACAACAACUCACAGCGCACACACAGGAAACGGGCAAAGUGCAAACAAAAAAGAAGACACUGGUCACAAAAGGCGUGCACGUACCACAGACUCUAAAUGCACUGGAAAUGGUCACAUCGCAGACGAUAAUACAGAGACACACCAGGCCAAAAGGCGAGGUGGGGGAUUCGACCACACACGACCAACACAACGAUGAAGAAACCGGGACAUAAUGGAAGCAUUAAGCGUAUUACAUCAUAUUACAACACACAGUCUCGCGUAUUUUACAGAGCAGUACAGUACUUAUGACACGACCACACGUGCACACCCACACACACUCAUUUACAAAACAAAACAGCAUAAGCAACUACACCGCAGUCAUCUCUCCCGGACGAAAAAGGUUAAAAAACAGACGAGUGACACAGUCCAACUACAAUUAUUCAUCUUUCUAAACAGUCAUGAUAAGUGAGGUGGGAUGGAAAUACUGGCUAAGAACUGUUACACUGUGUUAUACUCAUAUUCUGUCAGGCCAGACUAAUGAUGUUGCCUUCUUGUCUGUUGUAACUGCCCAGUAUAUUGGACAUACAGUAUACUGUGUCAUAUAGUAUAAUAUUAAAGGCCCGAUCUGGUGCACGUGUCGCCCACGUUACCUGUUUUUGCAGAAAAAUGUAACAAAUUCUUCUUGAUUUAUGCAGAAACUGGGGUUCUACACUGUACUGUUGGACUACACAGUCGGUGCAUUCACACCACCGGAUGUAAUCUUUACUUUUAAGAUUACACAUGGCCAUACACCAGAUGUAAUGUGUAUGUCCUAUGUAAACCUGCUGAUACUACAAACAAGAUACUCCUCCAGUUUUUGGCUUUGCUUUCUAACUUUUAACUCGAUGUGCAGCCAAGGAGUGUUUGUCGUGUCCAGUCCAGUGUUGCCAAAGACCGUCAGCCAAAGCGAAACUAGAAGAGCUUCAGUUUAGGAACUGGAAGAAAAAAGUUUUGAAUGACUGUGAUUUCUGCAGUGACGACUCAUUAAAUGUGAUCUGCUCGAUAUUUAAGUCGCGGUUGGAGACAAAGGCAAUCUGACUAAACUAACAUACAAAUAGUGGUCCUAUUAAUGUCUUUAUUAAAACCUUUCAGAUCGUGCUUGUCUCUAAUUGUGACAGAUGUAGUCCAGACUGCAUUUUAUGAAUGCUACUCCUGCAUUAUGUGUGUGUUGCAAUGCAGUGGAGUUAGCUGAAAGCUAUGCUACGUAGCAGUGGCCAUGGCUCUAGAGAUCGAGAUUAUUUUCUGCCAGCAACCCCUCCCCUCUUUGUAAUUUAUACUUUCAGAGAGAAUCCAGAUUGGGGCUUUAUGUCCUCUUGCUGUGACUGAAUUUUCUUAUGUGCCUAAAAACGAACAUACUGUAUGUCUGUGGAAUAUGGAUCUGCGUUUGUUUUAGUUGAUUACUUCAUAUUUUAUGUUGCCUUUAUUAUUAUUAUUAUUAUUAUUAUUAUUAUUAUUAUUAUUAUUGUACGGUAUGCAGUAGAGAGGGUACAUAAAUGUACCUAUGCCAAUUUAAAGUGUUUGUGGCUCUGUUUUUGUCAUUUAAAAAAAUUGGGGGGCGUUUGGUGCACAUGUGAAGGGGGAUACAGACCAGGUCUAGAUACAGACAUCUGCUAAAGCACUGUGACUACAGACCUGCAGAGAACACGAGUACCCCCCCCCCCCAAUUUUGGCUCACCUCUGUUUUUGUAUUUGUCUAGUCAGCUGGAGGACAACAAUGAAUGUUGGGUGAUUUGAUUGAGAUUUCGAUGCAUGAAGUGGUCGAUAACAUUUUAAUGGAAGCUGCCACAUUGCAAAAACCUCUGCAACAUGCUAACCGCUGAGCUUUCACCGUAAACCAAAGUUAUAUGCUGGUGAAUACUGGGAGGGACCAUUGUCGUGCAGGCUUGAAGUUAGUUUCCUUCAUUUCCUUUUUUUUUUUUUUUUUUUUUUUUUUUUUUUGCUCAUAUUGCAUGUGCCCCUUGUAGCAGAAUAAUUUGCAUACAUGCUGACACCUUUUGUUAUUUAUUCUGUCAAGCAUGCGCGGGAGUAAAAAAGGAUUAAAGCAAUAUUAAACAAGACUUGAUUUCUGAAUGUAACUUAAAAAAAAAAGAAAAAAAAAAAGGAUUUUUUAAAAAAUGGAGCGACUUGAAAUAUUCACGCUGGUUUUAACAGCUUGUUGUUUCGUCUGCAACAGUUUCCUGCUGAUGGUUUGGUGUCACUGAAGCGGGUCCAGUUGCUGCCGUUUGAACUCACACUUUGAUGCUCGCUUAUGAAGCGGGGGAUUUUUAAGCACAUCCGAUUUGUCAAACAGACUUUCUUUUGUUCAUUGCCACUCUGACAUUUUGUUGUGCACAUUGUUUCCAUUAGAGUUCGAGUUUGGGCAUUGCACCUGGACCAGUGAGUGUUUAGUGGGAUGAAUGGAUGCUGACCUGCUGUGGUUCUUGAUGAUUAAAUGACUAAACAAGCAAAGGUUUUUUUUGGUGGAGGGGGGGAAACGGAUACUUAGCAAUCAUUGAAGUACGUGGAUUGUAAAAAGUAAGCACAUCUGUAAUGACAGCUGUUUAAAUGAAGGAAUUUUGAGGAUUUUAUUUAUUUUGAAAUCUCACAUUUGGAAUCCUUUCAUUCAUUAUAUUAAUCAGUUUUUUUGGCACUUAUAGUAAAAUCUUAAAAACAUUUCCAUUUCUAACAGUGGGUAAAAACCCGACAGUACACUGAUGCUGCUCAAUGCUUCAUGGCAGAGCAAGGUGUUUGUCAAAAUCAGACCAUUUUCAGUAUUUAAAAAAACAAAUGAUAAGACUGAAGAAACAAGGAGAUGGUGUAUGUGUGUUUGUGCGUGUAUGCUUUGCUUUUUUGUGUGUGUGUGUGUGUGUGUCAAUUCAUCUGAAUGUAAUUUAUGACAAACAGUAAUCUGCUGUAGGGCCAUACAUUUGUGUACAGUAUGUUGAUUUAAGUUCCGUUUGUGUUAACCUCAUGAAAGGGAACUAUUAUUGCAUUGUAAAUGUAUGCAACACAGAUAGUCAUGCUAACUUGAAAAAAACGAAGAGGGAUUUGAGUUGUUUAUUUUUGGGUAAAGAGAGAAAAACUGAUGAGUUCUAUUCUACAGAACUGACUGUACUGUCAAAUAAAUAAAUAAAUAAAUAAAUAAA